AUAAGAGAGCAGCGUGUCUGUCUCUACCCUUUCACCUCACGCCUUGUCAGACGGACGUAGAUAAGCCGCCGGCGUUCCUGGCCCAUCAUGGGAUCCUCACAGUCUGUGGUCACGGCCUUGGAAACAGUGUUAAAGCAGAGGAACAUCAAAAUUGGAGGAGGAACACUUAAAAACUUUGUGAAGGAGGUGGAGAGGGUGGCGCCUUGGUUUGCCUGUUCAGGCUUGUUUACGAUUGCCUCAUGGAAUAAACUUGGAAAAGACCUUGACAGAAAAUUGGCGGAAGAGGAUCUGCGCCUAGGGACCAAAGCUAUAUGGAAGCUGGUUAAGAAUUGUUUAAAGGAUGAAACGUGUAAGGCAGCAGUAGUAGAAGGACAGGCCACUCUCGAGGUAGUCCGGGAAAGUCUGUCAGAAACCGAACGUAGUGAGAGGUUGGGCGCGCGCAAGAAAAAAGACGUCCUAAGAAAGAAAAAGUGCCCUCCCGGUAAGUCCACAGACAAGGGAGCGUUGAAAUUUUCAGAUUCCAGCACUUCCUCCUCUACACAUAAACCAGGAGGGGGAGCCAGCCUAUACCCUGUGAAAGAGCUAGAAGCGCUGAACCUCGACAGUUCUGAAAGCUCUGAAAAUAAAACCUUAGACUCAGAGGAGGAGGCUGAGCUAGAUGAGGAAGCAGCUAAAUAUGAGGAGGAAAGAUAUUACCCCGAUGAAUGUAGGGGAAGUAAUAGAAGCCUUCUAGCGCGGCCGCCACCAACGGCGCCUCCUCCAUAUGAGACACGCUCACGCGCCUUCUCACUAGUCCCCGAGAGGGUGAGAAGAAAGCUGAGUAUGACAUUUCCUAUCUUUGAGACUCCGGAGGGAGGACGGGUCCAUGCCCCUGUUGAAUAUAAUCAGAUUAAGGAAUUAGCGGAAUCAGUUAGAAAGUAUGGAGUCACGGCCAACUUUACUCUAACACAACUCGACAGGUUGGCCAUGACAGCAUUGACACCAGCUGAUUGGCAGAUGAUUGCUAAGGCAGCCCUUGCCAGCAUGGGCCAAUACAUGGAAUGGAAAGCGCUCUGGUAUGAGGGAGCCCAAACACAGGCCAGAGCAAAUGCUACGGCCUUAAUACCUGAGCAACAGGAAUGGACUUUCAAAUUCUUAACAGGACAGGGCCGCUUUGCAGCUGAUCAGUCUGCUUACCACUGGGGCGCCUAUGCUCAGGUCUCCAGCACAGCUAUUAGAGCCUGGAAGGCACUGUCCAGGAGAGGAGGGAUUGAUAAUCAACUUACAAAAAUCGUUCAGGGACCCCAGGAAAAUUUCUCAGAUUUUGUAGCUAGAAUGACAGAGGCUGCAGGACGAAUCUUUGGCGAUCCUGAACAAGCAGCACCACUAAUAGAACAGCUCGUUUUCGAGCAAGCCACCCAGGAGUGCCGAACAGCCAUAGCCCCCCGAAGAAAUAAAGGGCUACAGGAUUGGCUUAGAGUUUGCAGGGAACUUGGAGGGCCCCUUACUAACUCAGGCCUGGCGGCUGCCAUUCUCCAGUUCCAGCGACGCCCCGUUAAAGGGACGGAUAAAAGAUCAUGCUUUCAAUGUGGGAAAACAGGCCAUCUAAAAAGAGACUGCAGGAUGACAAAAAGAGACAGGGGGUCUGCAACCCUCUGUGUCCGAUGUGGCAAAGGCUACCAUAGGGCUGACCAGUGCCGAUCAGUGAGAGACAUUAAAGGCAAACUACUCCCUCCUUUGGAGACUCGACUUAAUGAGAUGUCAAAAAACGGGCUGGUGGGCCCCCGGUCCCAGGGACCUCAAAGAUAUGGGAAC